AUGAUUCAGUGCAAGAUUAUAUUUCUCUUGCUCUCUUCCUCCUCCUCCUUUCACUCCUUUUUCUCACUUCUUCGCUCACUUCCUUUCUGGCUCCUCCUUUCCCCUUUCUGGCUCCUCCUUCCGGCUCCCUUCUCUGGCUCCUCCUUCCCUCCCUCUUCUGGCUCCUCCUUCUGCUCCCCUCUUCUCUGGCUCCUCCUUCGGCUCCCUCUUCUCUGGCUCCUCCUUCUCGCUCCCUCUUCUCUGCUCCUCCUCGGCUCCCCUUCUCUGGCUCCUCCUUCUCGCUCCCUCUUCUCUGGCUCCUCCUUCCGGCUCCCUCUUCUCUGGCUCCUCCUUCCGGCUCCCUCUUCUCUGGCUCCUCCUUCUCGCUCCCUCUUCUCUGGCUCCUCCUUCUCGCUCCCUCUUCCCCUCACUAUUUCUGCUCUUCCCCCCUCUCCCUCUGUUUUAACAAAGAAUAAAGAAAUUGGUUUCAUAAGUAGCAACUCCUUUCUGCCCAUUUGUAGCCAGCGUUUGUUAUUGACCCCCAUUUUCGCCAGACCAGGUGCUUCUUUGCCACAUGUUCCCUCUUUCUCCACUUCCACCCAGGAUAACAUCUCCGGCUGCCACACAGACACAAUCAAUCCUCACGUUAGCCACUUUAUUCUCCUCUUUGUGCUGAACUUGAACUGGCUAAGUCUCUGUUGGCGACUCCAGCAAACAUGUGUUGCCGUGGUGAUAAAACCCCUGACCACUGGUCAAACCUUUCAAUGUUCUCUCUUGCCCAGCCUGUGUCACUUGCUUCUCUUUCUGCUGCCCGUGUCUUCAAUUUUUCUUCUGCCGCUGUUUCUCCAUCUUUGGCUCCUAUUUGGCAAUGCUAGGAGCCAUUCCCCUUCAGACUUCAUUAAGCAGCGGUGCUGCAUUUGCAGCGGUAGCAGCCCAAGGGCAGCAGAGGUUGUGGUGCGUGGGGCAAACUUGUCAGGUCUCUUGAGAAGCCUGCUUUUUCGAAUGUCAGCAGCUGGCUCGGACGACACUGACCACCCUACCACCACAGAACCACCACCACCCCCUGAAGUUACCCAGAGAAACGACUCCGUGUUAAAACGGUCGUCUGCCGAAGUAUCCAUCAUGAUGAUGCUUAGAAUACCACCAACUCCUCCUCCUCCUCUUUCUGUAUCUUCCCCGUCUGUACCUUCUUCUUUGCCCUGCCCUCUCUGCUCUCCAUCUGCAUCUCCGCCCUCUUAUGUAACCCUAGACCAAGUUGACUAUUCUGUUGCCUCCAAAAGCUCCCCACAGACAAUCCCUUCAAAUCUCUCUGCAUCCGCAACUCCAAAGACAGCCACUGCUACAGCCACCUCGGUCGCCUCAUCUUCCUCCAUCUCUUCGUUGUCAGCAUCUUCCUCGACUGGUAUGGCCACAAAAACGACUAUGAUGAUGACUAUGAUGUCCCCCCCAACGUCGUCUGCAAGGCGGUCAACUGCGUCUGUUCAGAGUUGGUUCCAAGCAAAAUUGGACGUCCUGGGCAUAGAGUCUGUUUAUUCUCGGUACAUUAUUAGUCUGUUACUGCAGCACGACAAUUACCACUGUUCGGCGGAUGGGGACUUAGCAAGCAGUCCUGAAUGUACCCAUGUCAUUGGGGGGUUUUCUGAAGGCACUGCCUGUUCCCAUCACCACCAACACCACCACCACCACCACCGUCAGUGUGCAACUGCAAAUAAUAAUAAUAAUAAUAAUGCUGGAGAGCAAAGCAGAAAUACCGCUGCUGUUGAGAAUAAAAAUGCAGCGGGUCAAGGAAACAAGUGGGGCAGCGGUGGUGGUAAUGGUAUUGGUGGUGCUGGGAGUGGCCGAAGACAACGGUCAGCUAGUCGGAGAGACAGACAACAGCCACUGAGUGCAGAACAGCGCAAGAAAAGAGAAGCAGUCGGUUGUCUCCUUGAAAUUUGCGAUGAUGUAAGAACAUUCACUUUUCUUUUUUCUCUCUUGCUUGCUUCAUUUGCAUCUUUUCCGUUAACUGUUUCAUUUCUGCUGAUUUCUUUUUACUCUUUCUUACUCUUGUUUAUUUAUUUUUUUUUUCCUCUCUCUCCAGAUUCUUAUUUAUUUUUUUUCCUCUCUCCAGAUUCUUAUUUAUUUUUUUUCCUCUCUCUCCAGAUUUUAUUUUUUUUUUCCUCUCUCUCCAGAUUCUUAUUUUUUUUUUCCUCUCUCUCCAGAUUCUUAUUUAUUUUUUUUUUUCCUCUCUCCAGAUUCUUAUUUAUUUUUUUUUCCUCUCUCUCCAGAUUCUUAUUUAUUUUUUUUUCCUCUCUCUCCAGAUUCUUAUUUAUUUUUUUUUCCUCUCUCUCCAGAUUCUUAUUUAUUUUUUUUUCCUCUCUCUCCAGAUUCUUAUUUAUUUUUUUUUCCUCUCUCCAGAUUCUUAUUUAUUUUUUUGGCUCUCUCCAGAAAUUUAUUCUUAUUUAUUUUUCUUUCCUCUCUCUCCAGAUUCUUACUGGCGACAUUGAAAAUUUAAUCGAAGAGCUGAUGCUUAGACUGAAGCAAGUUGAUAACGAAAGAUCGUCUACGACACAGCCUGUAAUUUCACCUCCUUCUGCAAACAACCACCACCCUGCAUCUUCAGGGACAAAUUCAAGGCAGGACCCUGCUGAACAGUAUUAUGCUGCUUUUCCAGCGUUGUCUGGUGAUACAAAAAUGACUUCUCAAACCCAAAGUUCUCAAGUGAGCAUUAUUUCUAGUACUGAUGUCUCAAAUGUUUGGAAAAAGAAGCAACAGCAGCAGCAACAACAACAGCAGCAGCAGCAGCAAUCCCAAAAAAUGGCAGCCACGUUAAGUGCCCAAACUGGUAAUUCUAUCAAUCUGGAAGGCACCCCAACCAGAGGCCGCCAAAACAAUGCAGCUUCCCGCCGCCGUCGUGGUUGUUUAAGCCAUCACGGAAAUAAAGAAAAUUUGCAUAAGCCCCCUUUUACCCUAAGGGGAAAGGAUGAUCGUGGAAGCCGCUAUGGUUCCCAUGGUAACAGGUUGAGAGGUGGGCGUGGCCGAUCAAGUCGUUCGCUUGUCUCUGACACCCGGCAGAAACUCUCUCAGAGUUCAUCCCAUCAACCAUGUAGCCGUAAUAUAGGAACCCGUCGCUGUGGAGGGGGUGGUGGUAAUGCCCCAGCAAACAGUGAUGGUGAUUAUUGCCUUAGCGUUGAGAAUAUAUUGAAGGAUAUUUUGCGAACGGCCAACAAAAAUUCUUCCAGAGCUGAAAAAGUCUGUCAUGAGCAGGAAGCGUCUUACCCUUAUAACUUUGCUGGCCGCUUGUGGGUCCCCAAAAUUGAGUCUGGUCUCAGGGAUCUUCAGCCCAGGAACAAAAAAAUGUCUUUGAAUUUAACAGGAAAAGCCUUUGAAGAGAAUUCUGCUUGGUACGACAUCAGUUUUUUGGAUAACCGCCAUACGUCAAGGGAUAAGGACUUCCCUUUGACGUCCCCACCUUCCUUAUCUAUGUCAGUUAUUGGUCCAAAAAGCAAGCAGAGGAGUUAUGUUCGUCUCUAUAAGCGGCAUAGCUAUCCACCACCAUCUCCAAGAUCAGUGUUGACCCUUGAAGGCUUAGAAGAAAAAGAAAUCUUUAAAAAAUUCUCAUGUUUAGGACCACGUGUUGAUAAGGUACCUAACCCUAAAACUGCCUUGGUUGUCAACCCUACAAAAAAAAGUUCUGUAUCCAAGGGAACAGAUAAUAUUAUGUAUGCAGCAACAGAGAACGUUGUGGAUAGUUCAGUGAGAUCUUUACUGGACUGUUCUCCAGAAGAGAUUUUACCGUCUUUGUCUCGAAGCCCUUCAGAUGAAUUGGAGCGCAGUUUGCAUCUCCUUUCUGGCUACCCUCCAUUGACUGAUCUUCAGGGCUGUAGUCCAUCUUUUGUAAAUGGCUCCAUAAGUUCAAGUGGUACGUUUUGUCCCACAGCUGCCGAUGUGAGCCCCUGUGGUUGGUCACCAAGUCCAGUUAAAGCAUUAUCUCCAUCGGGAGUCGCUUCACCAACAACCCCAGUGUCAUCACCCAAUUCGACUACGUCCCUUUCUUUGCUGGAUGUCUCCUACUUAACCAAUAUGGCUGGUCGUGAGAAAAGGUCCCUUGAUAAAACCCAGAAAGAGGACUCGAAAACUAAAGCAAGCUCUCUUUGUCUUGAGCAUCUCUUCCCAGACGAAUUCAGCAACCAUAUACCAGAUCUUUCCUCUUUGCUCGAAAGUCCGCAUAAGUUAGUUGCUGGAAUAAAAGGCAGAAACAACUUUACCUAUGACCCAUAUGUGUUUGUAUCCAACACACAGAGUUCGUUUGCUGAAGAUGAUGACGAAGGUUUUGAUUUAGCAGUAACGCCGACCCCUAUCCAUGGAGCUGUUGGUCAAGCCAUUUACAACACAACCACUUAUCGACCCUGGAGUUAUGCGCUUGUAGAAGAGAGGAUUAUGUCUGAGGUACAGACAUCAGACAUUCUGGCUCGAAAUGAAUGUUUUUCCCAGGUUUGGGAUGUAAAUUUUCAAAGACGAGUGAUCCCCACUAGCCAGACUUGUUCUAACCGUACUAAUUUUACGUACGCUCAACAUUCUCCCAAAUUAGAUGCUUCUCCCAGUUUUUUGUUACAUUCAACCUGUUAUGAAUUGUCAACUCCGAGGGUGACUCCUUUCACUUUCUUUUUCUCUUCUCUUCUGAACACCUCACCACCUCCCAUAGACAACUGUGAAUCCCAUCAGAAGUCUGUGCUUGGCAAGUCAGAGAAAGCAUUGCCAGCCAUUUUGUCCAGUACAAAUUCAGUGAGUGUCUGUGAAAAAGCUUCAGUAGAUUCCAUCAAGAUAAACAAACAGGAUACUAUGUUGUCAACAGCCUGCAGCAAGACCUACCACCUUGAUGACUCUGGCUCUGCAUCUCCCUCAUCCUCACCAAAUGUGAAGUUAGCUCUCACUAUGACAACCACAGUUUUGUCGUCAUCUCGUUCUGCCAUCUCUUCUACUUCCUCUGGAACAUCGUCAUCUUCUUCGUCGCCGUUGCUUCAGGAGCCGCUGCCUGGGGAACCGAUCCACAGCAAUAGGCUGGUGCCCUCUGUUAAUUCGGCUUUUGAGAGCGUUGUCCCUAGCAAGAAGAAAAGCUCCGAUACAGACUCUGUGACACAAAGAAUCACUCCAGAAGACGAAGAAGUCAUGAGACAAGUGAAUCCUUCUGCUUCUCCCCGGGAAACCCUCUACUUCUCCCCUAAGACUCAUUUCCAGCCGAUCAGAUCUCCAUUACUUUUGGCUGAUACUCUUGAACUCUCCUUGUCAGAAAGUGUGACGACUGGCAUGAAUACCGUUGUCAAAGCCUCGGAUCUCACUGUCCAGCCAGCAGAAUUUGUUACUCCGCCCUGCCUUUAUCACCCUCCAGAUUUGUUUGGGGGUCAUACUGCUUCACGUUCGCCCUAUCAACAAUUCAAGCCAGAGACUCACUGGGAAGAUGGGGAAGAAAAUAAAGUCAGUUUUGUACCCAGUUUCAAAAUACUUAAAGAUCACAACAAAUUUGUUCAAACAGGAAGCGCCGAGGAAAACCUGGAUAUCGACCUGGAGAAAUUGGCCGAUGAUGUUUGUACAGAGAAUGCGAAGCCGCGCCCUGUCUCGUUUCUGAAAACUGCAGCUCUACGUUCUACAGACUCUGGCCGGCUGACUGAUCGCUUUGCUGGUGCCUGGAAGCAGCCAACCACACUGGCUGAUUUGUCGGCGUGGUCCCAAGAAGAGCCAGGAAAAGAUACAAAAGUCCCGUAUCUGAACACCUGGAAUUUAGAGAGAGCUUCUGGCUGGACGCCAGUUACAUCAAGUGACAAGUGGCCCUCAGCAUUUUCCUCACCUUCGAGCAUAUGUUCUCUUGAACAUCGUCCGUACGUCUUUGCUCGUGAUUCUGUUUGGUACACGACUGCUGGAACGCUGUCUGCAGUCCGGGAUGAUGCAUGGCUAUCUUCCAGUUCUGGCACUCCUAAUUCAGGGCUAAGCACGCCAUGCACAACCUCUGCAGACCCCCAGACUCGUAUCAAUGUCGUUUGCAAGAGUAAAGACAAAAAAGAGAUAUUACAAUCAGAAGCAUGUGUCUCCCCAAGCCUUGUAUCUGAGGAAGAAAGUAGUAGUGUUAAUCGAAACAUUUGGAGUUCAGGUUCUGUUGAUUGGACUGUUAACUCUAUGACCCCUGUUUAUUUACAAGUUCAUCAUCAUAUGUGGGAUACGGAUGAAGGAUGUGGGAAAACAGUAGCUGAAGAAGAAGCCUGCAAAUUUCCCAGCCCAGAGAUAAAGCCCAAGUUGUUAACCCCAGAAACUCUUAAACGGACCUCCUCUUCACAGUCGGUGUGGCCAAGUAAAAUAUGGGAGCCUGAAAGCUAUGACAGUCACCAAGACGAGGCCCUUUCUAAAGGAGCUAAAUCUGCCUUGUCUGCUGAUGAUACCUUUGUGCAAAUGGAAACCACUUUGAGUGACAGAGAAAAUGAAAUUUCGACUGAGGAGGAGCCGGCGCCCAAAAGCCAAGAUGGUUCCUACUCGCUCAGAUUUGAUUCUACGAAUAUUUGGGCCGUCCCAAAUGCCACAAUGUGGUCGCUGCCAAUUUUGACCCACUCAUCUUCCUCAUCGACUUCUGCUUCAUUAGCAGCUUCGCCAUCCUCUGCCCCCUCGCCCCCUCUCUCAUCGCUAACGCACCCACCUACAUCCAGUGACCCCCUGCUGGACUUGGUUUGUGGACCAACCUGUACACAGACUGUGGGUGCCAGCAAAACCUGCCAGCAUCAGCAGAUUCGAAAAAUUUGGGAACAUAUAGGUCCCACCACUAACAGCACUGGUCAUGGAGACUCUGGCGAUAAAAAGGAAGCUACAAAGAAUCCUCCCCACCAGGUGCAUGGUGCCAAAGAGAAUCGACCUCCCUUUAUAAACAAUAUACAAACCCGGAGCCAAGAGCUACCUUCAUUUGGUAGUGUAAGGCAGUUGACUAGUGUAUCAGUGACACCCCCUGGUGCCAGCCAUCAAGGUACAAAUCACCAGAAACCACCGUCAUUGAGCUUGGGUCCGCCUCCUUUGGUUCCGCUGCCCUCUGCAGCGGUCUACUCCAGCGAAUUAGAGAAACAAUGGUUGAGUGGGGAAACCAGUUGUAGCAGUUCUGCUGCUUCAGUGCAGCGGAUUAAAAUGCAGCAUGAGAAAUCACGUAAGUUGCUUUACUUUCCUUCUUCCCCUCUUCUUUCCUUCUUCCCCUCUUUCCUCCUUCCCCCUUUUCUUUCUUUCCCCCGCUUCUUUCCUUCCCUCCUUCCCCUCUUCUUUCCUUCCCUCCUUCCCCUCUUCUUUCCUUCCCUCCUUCCCCUCUUCUUUCCUUCCCUCCUCCCCUCUUCUUUCCUUCCCUGGAUGUGCUCCUGUAAAAAGCCAUGCAGUUUUUAUUUGGAGGGUAACUGUUGGCGUCAAGAGUGCAAGUAUGCACAUGACAUAUGCACAAUCACCUGCAGGUUUUGGGAAGAUGGGGAGUGCUUUAAGGGUGACACUUGCCCCUUCCUUCAUGGAUACUCAGGUGAAUCAGUACGUCCCUCCAUGGAUAGCUGCAGUAGCAAUAGCAGUGGCAGUAGUAACAACUUUUCAAGAAAGACAGAAGCCUCACCCUCAAUUGCUGCAACUAUCCACACGGCAUCAAUAGCACACCCUUCUGCACCUCCUGAAGAAUUUGAAAAAGAGUGUCGAAGCCUCACUCAGUCAAAAGCUCUGUCUGACAGAAUUUCCAUUGUUAAUGCUGACCCUCAAAAUGGAAGCAUUCCGGCAUUGAAUGCAACUGAUGUUCUCAGUCAAGGGUCAGCUGUUGAGACCAGUGCCGCCACCAGCUGCAGCGGAUCUGAUACCCUCCCAAAUACCGCUGCUGACCCAGGUUACAACAGAAGAGGAAGUGGGGGCCAGGUUGCAACUUCCACUGCCCUGUCCCCCUCCUUGCCGCCUCACACUCUCUUUCUCUCUCUUCCCACUUUCUUUCACAUUCUCUCUCUCUCUUCCCACUUUCUUUCACAUUCUCUCUCUCUCUCUCUUCCCACUUUCUUUCACAUUCUCUCUCUCUCUCUCUUCCCACUUUCUUUCACAUUCUCUCUCUCUCUCUCUUCCCACUUUCUUUCACAUUCUCUCUCUCUCUCUUCCCACUUUCUUUCACAUUCUCUCUCUCUCUCUUCCCACUUUCUUUCACAUUCUCUCUCUCUCUCGUCCCACUUUCUUUUUUCACAUUCUCUUUCUUUCACAUUCUCUCUCUUCCCUCUCGUCCCACUUUCUUUUUCACAUUCUCUCUCUCUCUUCCCACUUUCUUUCUCUCUCUCUUCUCUCUCUCUCUCUCUUCCCACUUUCUUUCACAUUCUCUCUCUCUCUCCCACUUUCUUUCACAUUUCUCUCUCUCCCUCUUCCCUUUUUCUUUCAUUUUCUCUCUCUCUCUUCCCACUUUCUUUCACAUUCUCUCUCUCUCUCUUCCCACUUUCUUUCACAUUCUCUCUUCUCCUCCCCCCCAUGUUUAUUUGA